AUGCUCAACGCGGCGCUCACCUCCUCGAUGCUGCUGACGGCUGCUCACGCCGCUGCGAAUGUGCUAUACGUCUCGUCGUACAGCGGCAAAGUCACUACUCUUGACUUGAACUCUGCCAGGUCGCCCUCCUGUCGCGUCGCAGAUAACGUUCCCGUGCUAAAGGCCGUCUCCUCGACGGACGGGUGCGCGGUCAGUCCUUCGUGGUUGACGCUUGACCAUGCACACUCGACGCUGUUUUGUAUCGAUGAGGCCCUCCCUUCCGACAAGGGCUCGCUGUCGUCGUUUAAGACGAAUUCCAAUGGGUCUUUGACCACGCUGAACAAGGCUGUUACCUUGGGUGGCCCCGUCAGUGGUGCGUUAUAUGGACCGAAUGGGAGUGCUUUGGCCGUCGCUCACUAUGGUGCCGGUGCCUUGACAACCUGGGACGUCUCCAACCCUUCCAACCUGACGCUUGUGCAAUCGGAACUAUACCACAUGGACAAGCCUGGGCCCAUUGCCGACAGACAAAACGCUCCUCACCCUCACCAAACCUUGUUGGAUCCUACCGGGAAGUUCAUCCUCGUCCCCGACCUGGGCGCCGAUAAAAUCUACGUCUACGCCGUCGCCGCCAACUCUCUGAGAUUGACAGUCCUCCCUCCCAUCGUCGUCAAGGCCGGUAGCGGUCCUCGCCACGUCGCCUUCGCAGUCCGCGACGACAAGACCUUCAUGUAUCUGGUCACCGAGCUCGCGAAUACCAUCAUCGGCUACGAGGUCACUUACCCUGACGGCGGUAUCGAGUUCAAGGAACUCUUCAACAUUGAUUCCCAUGGUGCGGGCAAACCUGUUUCCGAAGCAGUAUAUGCCGCCGAGAUACUCGUGUCUCCUGAUGCCAAGUUUCUGAUUGUUUCCUCCCGCGGCGACAACACCUUCUCCAUCCCCAACUUCGACCGCAAGAACAGCACCAACAUCACCUCCGAUCCGCUCAUCAACUUCUCCAUCGAUGGCGAGACUGGUAGCCUCACACCCAUCCAGGAGGCUCCCUGCGGCGGUCGCUACCCUCGUCAGUUUUCCAUAAACAAGGCUGGUACCCUGGUGGCGGUUGGCCAGCAGAAGGAUGCGCGGGUUGUUCUUAUCAAGCGCGACCCGGAGAGCGGCAAGUUGGGCGACUUUGUGGGCUAUGCUGACGUUGCGGGGGAGAUUACUUCUGUUAUUUUUAACGAGUAG